AUGCGUAUGGACUGCGUAGACCGGGCCGUCUCAUGGCUUUUUCAGGUGGUGGGCGAGUUCAUCGCCAAGUAUCCGGGAUACUUCAUCAUCGUGCCCCUGCUGGUAGCCAUGUGCUUGGCCACGGGGAUCCAGCGUAUGAUCUACGUCGACGACCCGGAGUACCUGUUCAGCCCCGUGAACGGGCGCUCGCACGACGAGCGCCGCGUCGUCGAGGCGCUUUUCCCGCAGAACACCUCGUACAACUUCGACAUCGGCCGCCAGACCAAGCCCGAGAAGUUCGGCCGCUUGAUAGUGGUCACCAAGAACGGCAAGAAUCUGCUCAGCAGGAAAGUGUGGGACGAGAUCAUCAUGCUGGACCAGAUAAUCAAGAACAUGACCGUCCUCUGGGACGAUGACAUCUGGACCUACGAGCAGAUAUGCGCCCGCAACGGGCGUCCCUGCUACCCGAACGAAAUGCUGGACUUCUAUCCGUACAUCGACCAGAUCGAGAACGGAACCUUCAAGCUGGAAUACCCCCUCCGCAUCGACAGGACGCGACAGAAGGUCUAUUUCACGGGUGCGCUGAUGGGAGGUAUCGAGACCGACUCGGACGGCUUCAUCAAGAGCGCGGAAGCCAUGGCCAUGUUCUACUACCUGGACACGUCUUCUCGCAAGGCGAACCUCCGGUCUCAAGCCUGGGAGUACGCCUUCCUGGACCUCAUGGAAUCUCUGGAGCUGGAGCACGUAAAGCUCGCCUGGUUCACGUCGCGGUCUCUGGCCGAGGAGCUAGAGAAGAACACGACCACGGUGACGCCCUUCUUCAGCAUCACAGUGGUGAUCAUGCUUGCCUUCACCGUGACCACGUGUCUGAUGGCGGACGCCGUGCGGAGCAAGCCAUGGCUCGGCAUCUUGGGCUGCGUGUCUGCUGCUGUGUCCGUGAUAGCUGGUUUCGGCCUGGUCAUUUACCUGGGCCUGGAGUUUAUAGGCAUCAACAUGGCAGCGCCCUUCCUCAUGCUCGGCAUCGGGAUGGAUGACACGUUCGUGCUGCUGGCAGCAUGGCGUCGGACCAAUCCCCGCAAGAGCGUAGUGGACCGGAUGGGCGAGACGUACCGCGAGGCGGCCGUGUCCAUCACAAUCACGUCCCUGACCAACUUCAUCUCCUUCUGCAUCGGCGCCAUCACCCCGUUCCCGUCGGUGAAGAUCUUCUGUAUCUACACCGCCGUGGCGGUGCUCUUCACCUACAUCUACCAGAUCACCUUCUUCGGCGGCUGCAUGGCGCUCUCCGGGUACGCCGAGAGGAGGAACCUGCAUGGCCUGCUCUGCUUCCCGACCAUGCCCAAGUCGCAAGCCAGUGGGCGCUCCUGGCUGUUCAAGACUCUCUGCACGGGUGGCGUAAACCCCAACGACCCAGACAACCCCGUGGACAACCGCGAGCACGCCAUGAUGACCUUCUUCAGAGACACCUGGGGAGGCAUCCUUAGCAUCUUCCCGGUCAAGAUCUUCGUCAUCCUCAUCUUUCUCGUCUACCUCGCCAUUGGUCUCUGGGGCUGUACUCAGGUCAAGGAAGGUUUGGAACGCUACAAGCUGGCCAUGGACACGUCGUACGCUCGAGACUUCUUCAACACGGAUGACAAGUACUUCAGGCGCUAUCCCUUGCGGAUCCACGUGGUGAUGAACAAGACUAUGGAGUACUGGAAGCCGGACGUCUACGACAAGCUGGAGGAAAUCGUGCAAACCUUUGAGAAUAGCAGCUUCGUGCAGAACAGCGAGCUGACCGAGUGCUGGUUCCGUGAAUACCGCAAGCAGACGCAGGACGGUCCGUUCAAGGGAUAUUUCGCGCAAUUUGACCUCAGAGAUCCUCACGACUACAUCCAGGGGCUGCGCUUCAUGCUGAGGUUCGCACCAUUCUCUACGUUCGAGAAGGAUAUAAAGUUCAACGAAAACUUCACAUCGAUCGUGGCCUCGCGCUGCAUCAUCCAAGCGACCAACAUCUCGGACGCCAACCUAGAGAAAGAUAUGGUGCUCGACCUACGCCGUAUUGCUGACAGCUAUCCAGAUCACCACAUCACCGUGUUCCACACCCUGUUCGUGUUCUUCGACCAGUUCAUUCUAGUUCGAGAAACGUCCAUCCAGUCCAUUGGUGUAGCAGCAGCCGUCAUGAUGGUCAUCGCACUCAUUUUUAUUCCUAGUGUUUCCUGCGCCCUUUGGGUAGCCUUUUCCAUCUGUUCCAUCGAGAUCGGCGUCAUCGGGUACAUGACCCUGUGGAACGUCAACCUCGACUCCAUCUCCAUGAUCAACCUCAUCAUGUGCAUCGGGUUCUCAGUUGAUUACUCCGCGCACAUUUCUUACGCUUACCUAUCGUCAGAAGGGCUCACGGCCAACGACAAAAUGAAGAGUGCCCUCCACUCGCUGGGGAUGCCCAUCUUCCAGGGAAGCGUUUCCACCAUCCUGGGUAUCGCCAUCUUAGCGUUCGCGCCUUCCUACAUUUUCCUCACCUUCUUCAAGACGGUUUUCCUCGUUAUUUUGUUUGGCGCCCUGCACGGAAUCCUCCUGCUUCCAGUGCUGCUGUCGUUGUCGGACUCCUUCUGCAAGAAGAACAAGAAGGCAAUCGUGACACAUCCGUUCUUUGUACCGCCUCACCCGUCGGCGAACUGCAAGACACCACCAGUAAUAAUUACCACGGACAACUACAGUUCCCUGUCCGUGGUUGCCAAGGAUGUGAAGAGGAAGCUCAGCGGCGAAUUGAACCAGGAGGAUGCGUGGAACAGCGGCAGGGACAUGCCCCCCAACAACAGCAGCAAGAGCCUCCUGACGAACCUAACCAACUAUUCGACCUUCCAGGAGAGGGGCGAGCAGGUGAAUCCUGCGUUUCUGCCCGACGAAGACGAAGAGAAGGACGUUGUCCCUGGAAGAAUAGCACCUCCCUAUUGGCCAGCUAAGGUUCAGCCGGAGGAGAGAUGUCUGCACAGAAGACACAGCUCGAACGACGUGAAGGCAACGCCGCUCCGGCUUUCGAAGCAGUACAGCGUGCCUUCUUGAUGGGCUUCGCCCGACAGAAGUCUAGUCCUGCACUGUGCGAUACGGGCUCUCGGUGUACAUAGACAAAAGUGCAAAUGGGACAGACUACAAUGCCAAAGCACGUGCACGCGUCGUUGUGCUCCUGGCUGAAUGUGUUGCACUGAGACUAUUUUGUUAUUGUGGUUCUCCCCAGUGGUGCCUCUUUUUUAGGAUAUUGCUGAGUAGGGCAUGGCAGCCUUGUACCUUUUCCUGCAUCUUUAUGGCAAGGAAAGCAUUAGCACGAUGCACUGCUCGAUACAGCCAGCUCAGAAAUAGAAGAGACGACCAGGAAAGACAUUGAUCUUGUUAUGAAUAAAAUUAAUUGAGUUACUCAACAUUAAAUGAAAAAAGCACCAUAUGUGAAAUUAGUACGGGCACAGCAGCUGAAACUUUUCCAAUGUUUUGCACAGACAACAUAAGACUUAGGUUGUAAACGGUCUAAUUGUAUCUUCAACUGUGACGAAGUCACCUGUAUUGAAGCUUGCCCUCAGAAUUAUGUCUCUGUACAUAGUACCUUUGUUCAGAUGUCAGGUCAGGUAUGAUGGUUUUAUUGGGCUGCAUUCUUGUCUAGGAACAAACAAGACGCGUAGAUUGUCUGGGGCCUAUGAUGAACCUUAGAAAGCUGUAGGUGGUCCUCUGCGUAAUUCAUUGACCUUUAAACAUACUGACACGUAUGCUGGGAAAUUUGUCCUAUAAAAAUGGUAAACGCUUACGUAGAUGCAUGAAACUGCACAGAAGCUUUACUGCAUUGAUCCGGCAGGUGAAAACAUUCAAUUUAGUGAGGAAAUUUGCGUUGAAAAUAGCGUGACUAUUAUCAUUCAUCAAAUUCUUGCAAAGCGAAAAUUCACAAAAAUUUCGAUCUACUCAGCUUUUAAUAAAUAUGAAUAAACUUGUGCCAGAUGAUCUGGCAGAGGAUCUGUUAUAAAGCUACUUAAGACCAAGUAUUAUAUUGAAGAGAUUACUUACUCUUACAGUAUUCAUGUCAGACUUGGGCGAAUACUGAAUCCACUUACCAUAAUGUUACAUACUCAAUAGUUCUCUGUGCUAUUGUAUGGUACAGAGAAGCAUAUGAACGGAAUUGAGUGCUACCUCCAAAUGAACUUCUGGAAACUGUUAAAGUAACUUGAUCCCGGGAUCGAGUGACUUCAGAAGCUACGAUGUGGACAUUGAUAUCGGUUUCGUCACCAGUACACAUUCGGUCCGUGGCAUCUAAACAACCUUUAGUUGAUCUAAAGGUAAUAAUGGUUAGCGCCGAAAACUGAACGCACCUUAUGGAAGCGGGUUGGUUUCUAUCUUUUAUGUAUGAUAUGUAUUUGUUUUAAUUGUCUCUUCUGUCGAGCCGUUCACCGUGUACGCUCUAAGUCACUUGGGAGGCGCAUUGCUCGGGGGAACUUUCUAGACAACACGUUUACGCAACUUGUAUUGCGUUCAUCGAUAGAGUGCUGUAUUUAAUCGCGGAAGCGAUUGUUUACUCUGUAAAUACGUUUUCGGCAAUAAAAAUACAACAUUUUC